UGUUACCAUUGAAGAAGAAGAAGAGGAAGACUACUGUAUGUCCACUGUGUGCAUUAUCGCCGAUUCGAACGCAAAAAAGGAGCAUUCCGAUUCCCCUUGAACAGCGUCCUGCUAAGACUUGAGCCAUGACGAGUCAGAGCCACGGAGUCCAGCAGCUUCUCGCCGCCGAGAAAAAGGCGUCCGAGAAAGUGACGGAAGCCAGGAAACGUAAGGCAAGGCGGCUGAAGCAGGCGAAGGACGAAGCUCAACUCGAGAUCGACAAAUUCCGAACGGAGAAAGAGAAACAGUUCAAGGAGUAUGAAGCGUCCCACAUGGAUUCUAAAGAGGAUGUGACUGCUCGGAUCGACGCAGAAGCGAAGCUGAAAUUAGCCGAGGUGGACAAAUUGGUUGCGCAACGGAAGAAAGCCACCGUUGAGAAGUUGCUCAACAUCGUCUACGAUGUGGACCCCAAGGUACACCGGAACUUUGUCAUCGCAAAGCCCGAGAACCCGGGAAAACCGUAAACUGUGUGUUCAGUUCACAAUAAAAAUAUAUGUACGUGUAA